AUGGGUAGAAGAAAAAGUUCACUGAAACCAUGGAUGAUUGCCCUUAUUGUCACAGCUAUCGUGUUGAUUCUGGCUAUAAUUAUUGGUCUCCUUGUUCAUUUCUUGGCAUACAACCAGAAGUCUCAUUAUUACCAGGCCUCCUUCCAGAUCCCUAGUAUUCACUAUGAUCCUGAUUUUUCAGUAGAACACUCAAAACCAGGUACUGACAUGAAACAAAAAGUCAAUAAUGAGAUAGAUAAGAUAUUUCAAAGAUCCAGUUUAAACCAUCAUUACAUUAAGUCUCAUGUCAUCAACUUCAGGCCAAGUAAUGAUAGUUUGGAAACAGAUGUAUUGCUUAAAUUUCAGUCUACUUCUAACAAUGCGGACACAAUAAAAAGGCAAGCUGAUAACAUUUUCCAUCAGCAGUUGAAUUCAAAUGAAAGCUUCUUGAAGAUAGACACUUCAUUACCUUAUCUUAGAGGUUGUGGUUUAGGAAAGGAGUUGCCAUCCGUGGAAAGAAUCGCCGAUGGUGAUAUUACAGAGAAAUGCGACUGGCCGUGGCAAGCCAGCCUGCAGGUGGAAGGUGUCCACAUCUGUGGGGCAUCUGUGAUCAGUGAGGAGUGGCUCUUGACUGCCGCCCACUGCUUCGACGUUUACAAAAACCCCAGACUAUGGAUGGCUAGUUUUGGAAGAACCCUAAACCCUUCCCUGAUGAGAAGAAAGGUGCAGUCAAUUAUUGUUCACAAAAACUAUGCUGCCCAUAAACACGACGAUGACAUCGCUCUGGUGAAGCUCUCCACCCCCAUCGUAUUUUCCAACGAGGUGCACAGAGUCUGUCUCCCGGAUGCUACUUUUGAAGUCUUGCCUAAGAGUAAAGUGUUUGUCACUGGAUGGGGAGCAUUAAAAGCAAAUGGCGCUUUUCCCAAUACUCUGCGAGAAGUUGAAAUAGAGAUCAUAAGUAAUGAUAUAUGCAAUCAAGUUAAUGUAUACGGUGGUGCUGUCUCAUCGGGAAUGAUCUGUGCUGGAUUCUUGACAGGAAAGCUAGAUGCCUGUGAGCUGUUUUUCCUUGUACCUUAUGGUCAGUUCUCGUGGACUAACAGAGGUGAGCAGCUGCAGAGACAUCUGCCUUCGUUGUUGAAGAUCCAGGAUUUCCUAGGGGGAGAAUGA